UUUUGAUUGUAGCCUUUAAUCCAUUUAUAUUUAAGGUUAUUACUGAUUUUUAAAAUUGACCAAUUUUUGCCUAACUUAUCUUUUUUCCAUCUUAGCAACCAGAGCUGGACCGGCCAUUAUGGAGGAGGAGCUGCAGCAUUCGCACUGUGUGAAUUGUGUCAGUAGACGGUGUAUGACCAGACCAGAGCCUGGGAUUUCCUGUGACUUGAUUGGUUGUCCAUUGGUUUGUGGAGCAGUCUUCCAUUCUUGUAAAGCUGAUGAGCAUCGACUUUUAUGUCCAUUUGAGCGAGUACCUUGCUUAAAUAGUGACUUUGGAUGUCCAUUUACAAUGGCUCGAAAUAAAGUUGCUGAACAUCUAGAAACAUGUCCUGCAAGUGUGGUGUGCUGUACAAUGGAGUGGAACCGAUGGCCAGUUAGUUAUGCAGAUCGGAAGUCAUACGAAAAUCUAAGCAGAGAUGUUGAUGAAGUAGCACAAUUAGACAUGGCCUUGGCGCUUCAAGACCAAAGGAUGCUCUUAGAAUCUCUCAAAGUAGCCACCAUGAUGUCAAAAGCGACUGAUAAAGUAUCAGAUCCUAGAGAACAAAUAUCAGUGAAAUCAACUGUUCCAGAGAUACCACAUGCUAAUGGUUUGGUGUCUGUUGAUGAAGAAUCUUACGGUGCACUUUAUCAAGCUACUGUAGAAACAACCAGAAGCUUGGCUGCUGCUUUAGAUAUCCUGAACACCGCCACAAGGGACAUUGGCAUGUUAAGUACAAGUCUUUGUGCUUCCGCAAGUGAAAUGAAUGAAGAGCAAAAUGCCAGAGAAAGCUCACAGAAUAGGAAAUUGAAAGACCAGGACCAUCUUUAUGAGGAUGAGAUAGGAGCAGUAGGUGGAAUUGGCUGUAACGACACAAGUCAGAAUGCCCAGUCUGAACAAAACGGUUCAAGUGAUUUAUUAUGUGACUCAAAUACCAGUUCUUAUGGCACUUCUGCUCUUUGUAAUGGCCUUCCUUUGGAAAAUGUAUGUACGCAGGUCAUAGACCGGAAUCAGAAUUUACAUGGUGAUUCAAAGGAAAAUAACUUAAGAAAUGGAGAAUGUGUAGCAUCAGAUGGCACUUCAGAACCUUCCAGUUCACUGUCAGUAGCAGCACAGCUUAGGGAAGUAAUACCGCCUAAUGCUUUGCCUAACGGCACAGUUCAGCAUAUCCUCAUGCCAGGUGACGAGGGUGGAGGAGAAUUGUGUCGGAGGAAAGUAGACUUAGGGGACUUGAGGAAUGUAGAUGUCUUAUCUUUUAGUCAAUCUCCAUUCAAAUUUCUUUCUAAUUCAUGUUGGUCUAAACCGAAGGAAGACAAAGCAGUAGAUACAUCAGAUUUGGAAGUUGCAGAAGAUCCAAUGGGCCUCCAAGGAAUAGAUCUCAUCACAGCAGCAUUACUGUUUUGUCUAGGAGAUUCUCCAGGUGGAAGGGGUAUAUCAGAUAGUCGCAUGGUUGACAUUUACCACAUUGACUUUGGAACUCAGACUUUUUCACUUCCGUCUGCAAUAUUAGCUACAAAUACGAUGGUUGGGGAAAUAGCUUCCGCUUCAGCUUGCGAUCAUGCCAACCCACAGCUUUCAAAUCCAAGUCCUUUUCAGACACUUGGGCUGGAUUUAGUAUUGGAAUGUGUCGCUAGGUACCAACCCAAGCAGCGUUCAAUGUUUACAUUUGUUUGUGGACAGCUAUUUAGAAGAAGAGAAUUUUCUUCACAUUUUAAGAAUGUGCAUGGUGACAUUCAUGCUGGACUCAAUGGCUGGAUGGAACAGAGGUGUCCUUUAGCAUAUUAUGGCUGUACCUAUUCUCAGCGUAGGUUUUGUCCAUCAACACAAGGAGCAAAGAUUAUACAUGAUCGCCAUUUGAGGUCAUUUGGAGUUCAGCCUUGUGUAUCUACAGUAUUAGUAGAGCCUGCUAGAAACUGUGUUUUGGGAUUACAUAGUGACCACCUCAGUGGUCUUCCUUUUGAGGUUCUGCAGCAUAUUGCAGGCUUUCUUGAUGGCUUCAGUCUAUGCCAGCUCUCAUGUGUAUCCAAGUUAAUGAGGGAUGUGUGUGGCAGCCUGCUUCAGUCUCGUGGAAUGGUCAUACUGCAGUGGGGGAAAAGGAAGUAUCCAGAAGGAAAUGCAUCAUGGCAGAUAAAAGAAAAGGUAUGGCGAUUCAGUACUGCGUUUUGUUCUGUUAAUGAAUGGAAAUUUGCUGACAUCCUAAGCAUGGCAGACCACUUGAAGAAGUGCAGUUACAAUAUUGUAGAGAAGCGGGAGGAAGCCAUCCCCUUGCCAUGUAUGUGUGUGACACGAGAGCUCACGAAAGAGGGACGCUCACUGCGCUCGGUUUUAAAACCUGUCCUUUAAGAACUAUAACGCCACUUGCACACACACAGAAGCACCUGGUAUAAUUUCUUUGUAAUAUGUGACACUUUAUUAAUGUAUUAAAGAUUACAACAGCUAAAUUUAUUGUCACUGUGUAUAUAAUGUUUUGAAGUGACAUAUAUUUUUAUAAAGUACUGUUUAGUUGGGAAAAAGUUGCCUUAAUGUUUGAAAUGUGUGAAAUUUUUGGAACUUGCUGGACAGGGUGAUCUAAUUUUUUGCUACAUAAUUUUCAGAACUAGUAUUUUUAAUGGUGUGCAUAUUUUGGUUCUUAAAUUUUUUGCUUCUUAAACUAACAAGGUCCUGACCAAACAUAUUUCCUCAUUUUUUGUGUGGGUUGCAACCCAUACAUUCAAAAAGCAAAACUUUGAUUCACAUUUUUGCAGCAUAGGUUUUUCAGAUGAAAAAUUCAGUUGCUUAAGCAUUUACAUAAGAUCAUUUUAAAGAUUUAAUUUCUAGUGCUCCCCUUUUACAGUUGUUGACAUGUAGAUGGUCUCUAACAUAUACUUACAUAAUAUUUAAAAUCAUGACUGUAAUUCACAAAAAUGUUUUCACCUUAUGUAUUUACAACUCUCAUUCAGAGCGUGGUUCAUACACAACUUUCUUUUUUGUUAGACAACACAUCCAAAGACUCGUGGCAAGGUAGUACGUGACAGGUUAAAGCAAAACACAAACAAAAAGCCUGUGAACUUAUUUUAAUUUGAAGCUGUUCAUGGUAUUAUUUGCUAGGUAUUUGAUAUAAGAAAAUAUACCUCAUUUUAAGUUUGAAUUGGGCAUAUUGUGUAAAUAAAUUUCAAAUAUUCAAAAUGCAAAGGGCUUAGCUUUUUUUAAACAAGCAUUUAAAAUUUUUGCUUCUUGAUGUUUAUAAAAAUCACAACUAUGUUGUUUUAAGACAUUUAAAAAUGUGAAAUUUGGUAUCUUGGUAAGAUGACAGUCUUGAAAUGCAGAAACCUGUUGUGGUUGACAAUCUCCUUAGAACAGUUCCAGGUUAAUUUCCUGUAUAGCCUUCUCUACCAAAAAAGUAAGAACGCAUCUUUGUGUAAAGAUCAAGGUACAACAGAAAAAUAUUCAAAGACCUAUUCUUGAACUAUUUUAUUACAGUUCUCAAAUUGAUUAGUACUAGUAUUAACCGGAUAUGGUCAGUUUAAAAAAAUGAGUAUGUCAGUACUUAGAAAUAAAUUGCAAAGUUGGGGGCAUUUUUAAAUAAUUUAUUUUAAGUAAGUUCUGGCAUUUGGUAGUCUGAAAUGGUGACAAGUUACCGUGUUAUAAAAUAUCAAAACUCUACUUUGUCUUUUCCUACAUUUGUCCCCGAGAGUGCUCUAUUGUUACUAGGUUCUUGAUUCCCAUAUAUGGCAAUCAGGCUGGGCAGAGGCAUUCCUUGGGCAUUAGAAAAGAAUUCUGAACUGUUUAAGACUUGUUUUGGUUGAAUCAAGGCCUUAUUACUGUUGAAAAAUACAGCACUAAAGACUAAUCAAUUGUUUCGCCUCACCUGUCAUUUUAGUGGAAUACUUAGGUCUCAGUGCUUAUACUUUCUUUUUCAACUGAGAUUGAAUGACAUAACCAGUCUCUAUUUCUGUGAAAAAGUCAGAAAUAUGAUAUCAAGUACUGUAAAAUGUAACUCUGCCUUUUAAAGUUUUGCUGAAGAAUGUGUCUGGUUAGGAUAGCACAAACAUUAACUUUUUGUUUUAUGGUUGUGCUUUUUAAAAUCCUUGGGUUUUAAGUUUAGACUUCUUGUUUCUGUACUGGAUCAUGAGAUGUUUAACAUUUUUCCACCUUAUAUUUCUUUUACACAUUGUUGGCUGUUUUCUUUUUUGUUUGUUAUGCCACCAUACUAUUUUGUCAAAAUGUGUUGUUUGUGCAACAUUUGUUGAAAUUCUAAUAAAAUUAAUAUUUUCCCUUUA